UUUUCAGAGAACUAUCCACAAUGACUCCACGAUCUCUUUCUUGAGUAUAUUACUUGAAUUGCUACAUAACUUUUUAGUUGGUGUCCUAUUUACAGCUCCACCAGAUAUCUAGGUUUGCGGUAUUCUACAAAUCUCCACUUGCAAGUAAAUCUGCAAAUUAAUGUAACGAGAGCAGUCUCUAAUAUAGUGUGAUGUAAUUCUAAGCUGCAUGUUCUGCCAAUCUUCUGAAGACUUGUGCCGGCUCGCCAAUAAGUUUGAAGCAUAAAAGCUACAUCGUAGUCUAAUGGAAUUUUAGGAGUCUGUAUUUGAAGUGCCUAUGCUUUAAAAAGGCGGUAUUUUCCCCCUUACUUUAAACCGUUCUGACCUUCAUUUAAAAAUACUCCCCACCACUCUCUUCUGAACAAAGUGCAAACAAGCCUUGGAAUAUUUCUAGUUCUGGGGUUUCAACUUACAGCUUUUUGGCUACCUUUCUGCAGGUCUGGUCUGCUCCCAGAAGACAUUUGGGAGUGCUGCUAUUGGUUUAAAAGAGAAGCAGAAUCCUAGGAGCUGACCCUGUGCUGGGUUUUUGCACAUGAUUCACAUCCAGAAUCUGAACCAAUUAGAGUCCUAGUGACUGGAGCUGCUGGUCAGAUCGCCUAUUCUCUGCUCUACAGCAUUGCCAAGGGCGAUGUCUUCGGCAAAGAACAGCCUCUUGUUCUUGUACUGCUGGAUAUCACUCCCAUGAUGACUGUAUUGGAUGGCGUAAUCAUGGAACUGCAAGACUGUGCCCUUCCACUGCUGAGAGAGGUCAUCGCAACAGACAAGGAGGCGGUUGCAUUUAAAGAUCUUGACGUAGCAAUUCUGAUUGGCUCCAUGCCGAGGAAAGAGGGCAUGGAGAGGAAAGAAUUACUCAAAGCAAAUGUGAAAAUUUUUAAAUCCCAGGGUGCAGCCUUGGACAAGUAUGCCAAGAAGACUGUCAAGGUCGUGGUGGUAGGAAAUCCAGCAAAUACCAACUGCCUGACGGCUUCAAAGUCAGCUCCCUCAAUACCAAAGGAAAACUUCAGCUGUCUAACUCGUUUGGACCACAACCGAGCUAAAUCCCAGAUUGCUCUGAGACUUGGUGUAACUGCUAAUGAUGUGAAGAAUGUCAUCAUCUGGGGGAAUCACUCCUCCACUCAGUAUCCAGAUGUUACCCAUGCUAAGGUGAAAGUGCAAGGAAAGGAAGUUGGAGUUUAUGAAGCUGUAAAAGAUGACAGCUGGCUGAAGGGUGACUUUAUCACGAUUGUUCAGCAACGUGGUGCAGCUGUUAUUAAAGCCAGGAAGCUGUCCAGUGCAAUGUCAGCUGCCAAAGCUAUCUGUGACCAUGUGAGGGACAUCUGGUUUGGCACUCCAGAGGGGGAAUUUGUUUCCAUGGGAGUCAUUUCUGAUGGAAAUUCCUAUGGUAUCCCCGAGGAUUUGCUCUAUUCAUUCCCUGUUGUAAUCAAGGAUAAAACCUGGAAGUUUGUCGAAGGUCUUCCUAUUAAUGACUUCUCCCGAGAGAAGAUGGAUCUGACUGCAAAGGAGUUGAUGGAAGAAAAGGAGACUGCUGUGGAGUUUCUUUCCAGUGCGUGACUAGCUGAUCAAGAUUUAGAAAAUCCUUUAAAAGCUGAAGAGUCUAAAAGUCGUCUGUAAAUCUAGUAACCAAUGCUGUUGCUGUAUUCAAGUUUGUUUUGUGACAGUCAUUCAUUUUAAAGAUCACAUGCUUAUUGGUACACGUGUGCCUAUUAUCAAGAGUUCUUGGCAAUUAAACAUACAAGCAAUUCAAAAUCUGUUCAGCUUUUUUCACCAAAACUUGUCAAUUCAGUAAUAUACAUGUUUUCUGUAUUGAAUAGAGAAUAGUCAUUCAGUCUUGUUCAGAAAUUGGCACUGGUGGCAUUUGAAUUAUCAUCUAGAGAUCAGGGUUAACAUUAAGUGGCUUAAUAUUAAAAGGAAGAUAAAAAUGCCAAUAGUUCUCCUUGAACUAAUACUUUCCUAUUUUAAAAAUGCAAGUAGGAAAUUAGUUGGAUACAGAGCAUGUACUGUUCACUCUGGUUAACCUUUACUGUGUUUGUAAUAGAAACAUUAAAGGAUGGUUAAUUGCACAAUGG